GCGGCAGCGGCUCGUCCCUGAACUGGAAGCCGGUUCUUGAAGUAGGAGCUCAGGUUAUUGAUCUGAAAUAUUCCCUCUUUUCUAACGAGAGCAAGCCCUGGAGUUCACUCCUUCAGGAGAUGAUCCACCGAAGUGCAGUGCUACGUGAGUCAGAGAGAGGAGGGACCUGAGCCACAUGGCCUGAAUGUUGGCGCUGACACCAUUAAGAGGCUGGCAUUUAUUUCUCUUCUAAGCAGCUACCGUGUAACUGUGAAUAGUAACUAUGCCUAUGUGUUGGUCAGCAAAACCAAGGAGCAAGAGCUAUGGCAGUUGAGGAGGUCUGUCUGAUUCCAGGGUAUCUUCCCCCGGCUCCACCAUCAGGGACCUUCUCCCUCCCACCUCAACAGCAAUGUGGUACCGUCUGCCGUUUGAUAGAGAUUAAGGACAUGUUCUUUGGCCUACAGCUAGAACUCAGAAUCUGCUGGAGUAGGGUCAGAGACCAUUUCAGUCCCAGCUGAGGAAGAUGAAAUUUCCAUUCUACUUGGUGCCUUGUCCAGGGAGCACACUAACUCUCGGGAACACGUGUUGAUUGAGAAGAGGCUGAGCCUGGCCCACUGGAAACCCGCGGUUAUGGCGAGUGAGCCGACGUGACCCGCGCGGGCAGGGGCCGCAGAGGGACUCAUGACGGGCUAUACCAUGUUGCGGAAUGGGGGCGCGGGGAACGGAGGUCAGACCUGCAUGCUGCGCUGGUCCAACCGCAUCCGGCUCACGUGGCUCAGCUUCACGCUGUUCAUCAUCCUGGUGUUCUUCCCCCUGAUCGCUCACUAUUACCUCACCACCCUGGACGAGGCGGACGAGGCGGGCAAGCGCAUCUUCGGCCCACGGGCCGGCAGCGAACUCUGCGAGGUGAAGCACGUGCUGGACCUCUGCCGCAUCCGCGAGUCCGUGAGCGAGGAGCUCCUGCAGCUGGAAGCCAAGCGGCAGGAGCUGAACAGUGAAAUCGCCAAGCUGAACCUGAAGAUUGAGGCCUGCAAGAAGAGCAUCGAGAAUGCCAAGCAGGACCUGCUUCAGCUCAAGAACGUCAUCAGCCAGACAGAGCAUUCCUACAAGGAGCUGAUGGCCCAGAACCAGCCCAAGCUCUCCCUGCCCAUCCGCCUGCUCCCGGAGAAGGACGAUGCCGGCCUCCCGCCCCCCAAGGCCCAGCGGAGCUGCCGGCUGCACAACUGCUUUGAUUAUUCCCGGUGCCCUCUGACCUCUGGUUUCCCCGUCUAUGUUUAUGACAGUGACCAGUUCGCCUUUGGCAGCUACCUGGAUCCCUUGGUCAAGCAGGCUUUCCAGGCCACGGCCCGAGCCAACGUUUAUGUCACCGACAACGCGGACAUCGCCUGCCUUUAUGUGAUCCUAGUUGGGGAGAUGCAGGAGCCCGCCGUGCUGCGGCCCUCCGACCUGGAGAAGCAGCUGUCGUCCCUCCCGCACUGGCGGGCGGACGGCCACAACCACGUCAUCCUCAGCCUGUCUCGGAAGUGGGACACGCAGAACUUACUGUACAAUGUCAGCACGGGCCGGGCCAUGGUGGCCCAGUCCACCUUCUAUGCGGCCCAGUACCGGCCUGGCUUUGACUUGGUGGUGUCGCCCCUAGUCCACGCCAUGUCGGAGCCCAACUUCAUGGAAAUCCCACCACAGGUGCCGGUGAAGCGGAAAUACCUCUUCACCUUCCAGGGCGAGAAGAUCGAGUCGCUGAGAUCCAGUCUUCAGGAGGCCCGCUCCUUUGAGGAGGAGAUGGAGGGGGACCCUCCUGCCGACUACGAUGAUCGGAUCAUUGCCACCCUCAAGGCCGUCCAGGACAGCAAGCUCGAUCAGGUCCUGGUGGAAUUUACCUGCAAAAACCAGCCGAGACCCAGCCUGCCGACUGAGUGGGCGCUGUGUGGGGAGCGGGAGGACCGCCUGGAGCUACUGAAGCUCUCCACCUUCGCCCUCAUCAUCACGCCCGGGGACCCGCGCCUGCUCGUCUCUGCGGGGUGCGCCGCCCGGCUCUUCGAGGCCCUGGAGGUCGGGGCUGUCCCGGUGGUGCUGGGCGAGCAUGUGCAGCUGCCCUACCAGGACGUGCUGCAGUGGAGCGAGGCGGCGCUGGUGGUGCCCAAGCCGCGGGUCACUGAGGUCCACUUCCUGCUGCGGAGCCUCUCGGACAGCGACCUGCUGGCCAUGCGGCGCCAGGGCCGCUUCCUCUGGGAGACCUACUUCUCCACCACGGACAGUAUCUUCAGCACCGUGCUGGCCGUGAUCCGGACGCGCAUCCAGAUCCCCGCCGCUCCCAUCCGGGAAGAGGCGGCGGCCGAGAUCCCGCAUCGCUCGGGCAAGGCGGCCGGCACCGACCCCAACAUGGCGGACACCGGGGACCUGGACCUGGGCCCGGUGGAGACCGAGCCGCCCUACGCCUCGCCCAAGUACCUGCGCAACUUCACGCUCACCGUCACCGACCUCUACCGCAGCUGGAACUCCGCCCCGGGCCCGUUCCAUCUGUUCCCGCACACGCCCUUUGACCCCGUGCUGCCCUCGGAGGCCAAGUUCCUGGGCUCAGGGACCGGGUUCCGGCCCAUUGGCGGCGGGGCCGGGGGCUCCGGCAAGGAGUUUCAGGCGGCGCUGGGAGGCAACGUCCCUCGGGAGCAGUUCACGGUGGUAAUGUUGACUUACGAGCGGGAGGAGGUGCUCAUGAACUCCUUAGAGAGGCUGAACGGCCUCCCUUACCUGAACAAGGUCGUGGUGGUGUGGAAUUCUCCCAAGCUGCCGUCAGAGGACCUGGUGUGGCCUGACAUUGGGGUCCCCAUCAUGGUGGUUCGUACUGAGAAGAACAGCCUGAACAACCGAUUCCUGCCGUGGAAUGAAAUCGAGACAGAGGCCAUCCUGUCUAUUGAUGAUGAUGCUCACCUCCGCCAUGAUGAAAUCAUGUUUGGGUUUCGGGUGUGGAGAGAAGCCCGGGACCGCAUUGUGGGUUUCCCUGGCCGUUACCAUGCGUGGGACAUCCCUCAUCAGUCCUGGCUCUACAACUCCAACUACUCCUGUGAGCUGUCCAUGGUGCUGACAGGUGCUGCCUUCUUCCACAAGUAUUAUGCCUACCUGUAUUCCUACGUGAUGCCCCAGGCCAUCCGAGAUAUGGUGGAUGAAUACAUCAACUGUGAGGACAUUGCCAUGAACUUCCUCGUCUCCCACAUCACUCGGAAACCCCCCAUCAAGGUGACCUCACGGUGGACUUUCCGAUGUCCGGGAUGCCCUCAGGCUCUGUCACACGACGAUUCCCACUUCCAUGAGCGGCACAAGUGUAUCAACUUCUUCGUCAAGGUGUACGGCUACAUGCCCCUGCUGUACACGCAGUUCCGCGUGGACUCUGUGCUCUUCAAGACCCGCCUGCCCCACGACAAGACCAAGUGCUUCAAGUUCAUCUAGGGGCAUUGCGCGGCGGAGCGAGGAGGGGCGGAGCGACGGAGGGGCUCCGGGGGCCCUGGACACUGAAGGGCCUCGGACGCCCCCGGCUGGUCGGGCCAGGCCCUCUGCUGGGAGGGGCGGGCCGCCUUGCUCUUGAAGUCGGCGGCGCUGGGCCCGGAAGCCUGGUCCCAGGCCACCAGGGUUCCCUAAACAGGGCACUGACGAUAGCUUACACUGAGGACCACGGGGCUGUGGGGAGUCACUCACAGCUCACGAGCCCGGCGCAGCCGGCUUGUGGUUUUUUAAUUCACUAACAACUGUUAUUAUUAUUUAAAAACUUUCAGAUUUGCCAUUCAA